CCCUGACCAUGAACCCGGACUCGGACUCCGGACCCUGACCUCAAACCCAGACCCAGAUAUGAACUCAAACGCAGACUCGGACCAUGGACCCUAAACUCGGAUCCAAACCCAGGACCCUAAACCCCGAACCCAGACCUGGACUUAGACCCCAAAACUAGACUCUGGACCCCGAAAUCGGACUGCGUCCCAGACUCCAGACUAGAAUAGCGACCCGAAUAUAGGACCUCGACCCAGACAUAAACUGGCACCCAAACCCCAGACAUCGGGUUUCUGUCUGAGUUUCCGGUCUGGGUUUAGGAUCUUGGUCCGGGACAUGUUCUAGGUUCGGGGUCUAGGUCCAAGUCCGAGUCUAAGUCGUGGUUGGGGUUGGGGUCAAAUUUAUUGUAAAGAAUUUAUAAUUUUACACAGCCUAUUAGUACAAGUCAAUAUCAAACUUAGUAUUGUAUUAAAUAAUACUAAUAUAAUACAAUUCAACACAAUACUAUACUAUAUACUAAUAUAUCAUGAUGUACCAAAUGAACCCUAAGAGAGUUAUAUUUAUACUCCCAUUAAAAUUAUAUGUAUACCUCAGUAUUUUUAAAAAUUAACUUAGAUUAAUUUUAAAGAAUUACUCUUAUUUUUCUCCACAUUAUUUUGUACUAAAUUCAAUUAUUAUUUUAAUUUAAUUUUCAUGUUUUUUUUAAAAAUAUUUAGAAUUAUUUUUAUUUAUUUAAUAAAAUUUAUAUAAUUUUUAUUUUAAAUUUUUUUCCUUAAUAUUUAAAAUAUAUUUAUUUAUUUUAUAUAUAUUAAGAAUAUAAGAAGAAAAAAAAUAAGAGAAAAUAAUAUAAAUUAAAGAUAUAGUUUCUAUAUAAAAUAAAAAUUAAUAAAUAAAAUCAUUUUGGGUGCAAAUAAAACUCUCCUAAUUAAUAUUAAAAUUUUAAUAUUUACUAAUAAAUACCUAAUAUUUUAAUAUUGAAAUUAUUUCAUCAUAUUUAAUUUUAUAUUAGACUUUUAUCAUAUUUAAUUUGUAUAUAAUUGAUAAAUAAAAAUAUAUUAGAAUAUCAAGAUUUUUUACAUUGUCAUGCAUUUAGGUAGCAUCUCUUCUCUACUAUUUAAAUUAUAUUACCAAAAUUCUGAUUUUAUUUCUUUUACAAUAAAUUUUUAUAUACCAUUCAUAAACUUUCCUAUUUCUUUCAUUAUAUUCUAUAUUUUAAUAUAAAUUUUUCAUUUUUAAUAUGAAAUGUUAAGAGAUUUUUACACCUCAUGUCAAAAUUGACAUGUUUUUUUACAUUUUUAUCAAUACACGGUUUUUUAAACUUUUUAACUUUUACAUUUUUCAAUUUUACUUUUCAAAAAGUUUCAUAAUUACAAUUUUACCUUUUCCCUUCUUCCUUACACACGUACACGCACGCCACCUCAUAACUCCUUUUUUAUUUUAUUUUUUUGAAUUUUUCAUUUAUCUGAUUCUUCCACUCUUCAAACCGAGCUUCCCACGAUCACCAUUCUCAAGCCCUAACCCAUUUCUUCUUCCCACGAUCACCUUCUCCAAGCCCUCACCCACGUUUUCCUUAACCUACAUUGUCAUCCUCCACUAUCUUUUUUCUAUAUAAAUGGCAACCACUAGAAGUGGUUCGAAAUCACCAUCUCCGGCGAAGAAACUUUCUAAAAAAUCGAAGAAGCCUCCAACUGUUACUUCCAAAGUCGAAGCUAAGAUGGGGUUAAAAAAAAUUGCUAAAAAUUUAGUGGGUGAUGUUCCAGAGACAUCGGGCACUAAGAAAAGAGCCCUUCCAGUUAAGGCCGAUGCUCAUAAGCCUAAGAGAGCAAAAAUUUCCAAGUCUGCACGCGAUGUUUCCUCAGAUUCUGAUUUUGAGGAUGAAGUGCAUGCUGAGGACCAAAAGCCUAAAGUUAAAUCGAAGGUAAUUUAAAAUUGCUUGGUUUCAUUUUAUUGUGUUAAUUUUUACAUGAGCUUUUUAGGUCACUGAUUUAGGUGUUUAUUAGGAUGUUUUUAUGUUUUUUUGUUGUUCUUUAUGUAUUUCUGUCAUGUAUUGUGGUUGAUGUUAUUUUGUUGUUUUUAUUGAGUUGUUGUUUGGUUGUUGAAAAAUUGCCCAGUUCAAUUCGUAUUUUCUUACAGUUUUGAAUUGCUUUUCCCCAUUGGUUGUUUAUAUGUUUAUUGUGAAUUUGUUUUCGGUUGUUUUACACAAUAUUAGUAUUGAGAAGCAUUUUACUAAUUUCAAUUGCAACAAGAUCUUUCAGUGUUGUUUAUUCUUUAGUUUUGUAUAUGUUUAUUGUGAGUUUUUUCUCGGUUGUUUGUCACACUACUAUUAUCGACUACCAUUUUCGAAAUUUCAUAACAACGAGCUUGUACAGUGUUGUUAAUAUUUUAGUUGUUUUUUCUGUUUAUUGUUAGUAUUUGUUUUUUUUUUAUAAGUUGUGACACUGUUGUUACUGUAUUUUUUUGAAAGUUGUUUAUCUCUUACAUUUAUCAUACUGUAAGGGUUUCAUAAACGUUGUUUUUAGGUUUUUUAUUGGUUGUAUUUUGGUUACUACAUUUUUAUAUCUUCAUUGUUAUUGUAUCUAAGAUUUGUUGCUUAUGUUUUACUUUGUAUUUCUUUUUUUUUUGCAGGUCCAUGCUAGGACCUCAGAGAAGGUUGAAGGAUUUGACUUACCAAAGAAAAAUCCCCCUAAGGUGUCCUUUUUUUUAAAAAAAAUUAUUUUUAUUAUUUGUUUUCUGUUUUUGUUUUAGUUUUUUUUGUUUUUGUCCUGAUUUAUUUUGU